AUGCCAAUUCUUUCAAACUCUCCAAUUAUGGGUACCUCCGGAUUCGUUGGCCGCUUGCGCGGGCAGUCCCUCAUCCUUGCACAGCUUGCACUCAUCGUCUGUCCCUCCUACGUUCUGUUUGGGUACAAUCAGUCCAACCUCGGAGGCCUUGUCUCACUACCUGACUGGGAAUCCCAUUUCCCGCGGAUUGAUAAAACGAGCCCUGAUGCAGUGAGUAACGACAAUGCCACGGUCCAAGGCGUUGUUAUCGCAUGCUUUACCCUCGGUGCCCUGCCAGGCUGUCUAUCUUGCGCUUAUAUAUCGGAAAAGCUUGGGAGGCGUCCGGUUAUCUUUCUUGGUGCUCUCUUAACCCUCAUCGGUGCAAUUCUGGAGGCUUCUGCUUUCCGGCUCGCUCAGCUUGUGAUCGGACGAACGGUCCUGGGUGCCGGUGUCGGGAUGCUCAGUGGCACGGUUCCAACAUGGCAAAGCGAGUGCUCCAGCUCGAAGAACCGUGGAAAGCAUAUUGUCUUGGACGGCUGCUUCAUCUCCCUUGGAUACGUUCUGCAGGCGUGGAUCAAUCUGGGAUUCUACCAGUUGAAAACUGGACCUGUGACCUGGCGACCACCCGUUGCAAUUUCAUGCUUCUUUUCACUUCUUCUUAUGGCGUCCAUCUUCUUCAUGCCAGAGUCACCUCGCUGGUUAGCACGGCAAAAUCGGCUCAAGGAAGCGCAGGGCAACCUGGCAAAGCUUAAAGGUCUGCCUUUGGACACUCCUGAAGUUACUUCGGAACUCGCUAGCAUCGAAGCGUCGUUGGAACAGACGGCUGAAAGCGCAGCGAGCCUUAAGGACUUGUUUAGCAUGGGGGAAGGUCGGCUCCUCUAUCGCUUUAGCAUUUGCAUCUUGCUUCAGUUUUUCCAGCAAAUGGCUGGUGGCAACCUGAUCUCGGUCUACUCCACUGUCAUUUUCCAGGAUGGACUGAGUCUGGAUGCACAGACGUCUCGCAUCCUUUCAGGCGGUACACUGACCUGGAAGUUUCUGGCCGGCUUCGUCUCGUUCUUCACUAUCGAUCGGCUUGGACGUCGAUUUGCUUUUAUAAUUAGCGGAUCUGGGAUGGCUGCUUGUAUGCUCGGGCUCGCGGUCGCCACCUCAUUUCCGCACUCCAACUACGGGGCACAAAUAAUCAGCGUUCUAUUCAUCUUCUUGUUCAAUUUCUUCCUUCCCAUUGGGUUUCUUGGAGCGAAUUUUCUGUACACGACGGAAGUCGCACCUGCUCGACUUCGCGUGGCCAUGUCGAGCAUCUCUACGGCAAACCACUGGCUCUGGAACUUUGUUGUAACGAUGAUCACCCCUGUAGCGAUCCAGGAUAUUGGCUAUCGCUACUACAUCGUGUAUACGUGCAUCGGCGCUUGCAUACCGCUUUCUAUCUAUUUUCUUUACCCCGAGACUAUGGGACGAAGCUUGGAGGAGAUUGAUCUAAUCUUCAGGGAGAGUCCCUCUGCGUUGGGCACUGUGAGGUAUGCUAAGCGACGGCCGCAUAUACCGGUCGGCCAGCAGUUGUCUACGAAGCCAUCAUCUGAGCACGAUGAGGAGGUGGCAGAAUUCAAGGAGGAUGCCUGA